CUUGAUUUGUACAAGUAGCUGGCCCAUUACAUUGUACAGUAAUUACUCCAGUUGACCGUUUAGUCUAACUCGGUCGAGAUGAUCUAGCGGCUUCCUCGGAUGCGAGAAUAUUGCUACGUUGCAUUAUUCAAGACACAGUUUCUGAAGCGAAUCUCGUAUAUAAAGGCAUGGCGACUUUCUCUUUCCUACAAUUCCCUUCACAAAAAUGGCCACUCGAACACUUCCAACUGCAACCGAAAUACUUGUUGUCGGCGGUGGACCCGCCGGAAGCUACGCUGCUGCUGCUUUAGCUCGAGAAGGCUUUGAAGUCACUCUUCUCGAAGCUGCCAAGUUCCCCCGUUAUCAUAUUGGCGAGAGCUUGCUCCCGUCGAUCCGCCCCUUCUUGGCAUUUAUUGAUGCGAAAGAAACCAUCAAGAAUUACGGAUUCACAGUCAAGGUUUGGAUAGUCUUCAACGUCCGGCCUGAUACAGAUUUCAUUGCGCUGAACCCAGACAAUGGGUCUUGGAACGUGAUUCGGUCGGAGUUUGACGAUUUGCUAUUCCGCGCAAAUGUGUUCGACAAUAUAAGAGUCACCGAGUUUCAGUUCGAGGGCGAAAGACCUGUUUCAGCCGAUUGGAAGGAUGCCUGCACUGGAAUCGAGGGCCGUAUCUCUUUCACCUACCUAGUCGAUGCGUCAGGAAAGAACGGGGUCAUGUCCACAAAGUAUCUCAAGAACAGACGAUUUAAUCAGGCUCUCAACAAUGUCGCUUGUUGGGGAUACUGGGAUGGAGCCGGGUCUUACAUGCCGGGUACCACUCGCCAGAAUGCUAUCUUUGUUGAAGCACUUGAAGACGAGUCUGGAUGGGCUUGGUUCAUUCCCCUUCACGAUGGAUCCACAUCUGUGGGAGUUGUGAUGGAUCAAGAGAGAUCCGGCUCAAAUCUUCUGGCUCAUUACAAGCAAGAGCUUUUAAGCAACGCUCCUGGAGUCCUUAAGUUGAUGGGAGAUGCCACCCUUCGAAACGAUGGUACACCGAUGGCUGUGAAAUCUGCAGGCGAUUUUAGCUACUCGGCCCCCUCUUAUGCUGGGGAUCAUUACCGACUGGCUGGGGAUGCUGGAGCGUUCAUCGAUCCAUUCUUCUCCUCUGGCGUCCAUUUGGCUUUCACAGGUGGACUUUCGGCUGCUCUCACGAUUUCUGCGUCGAUUCGAGGACUCUGCAGCGAAGAAGAUGCCCAGCGUUGGCACACCUCAAAGAUCGCGACCUCUUACACGAGGUUCCUUCUUGUCGUCCUGGGCACCUACAAACAGAUCAGAAACCAAGCUAUGCCGGUGAUGAGUGAUGUGGAUGAGGACAAUUUUGACAGAGCCUUUGAUCUCAUCAGGCCGGUGAUACAAGGAACAGCAGAUGUUGGUAAGGCCUUAACAGAAGACGAACUCCAGAAGACUAUGGACUUUUGUAGUCAUCUAUUCGCACCAACCGAUCCCGAGAUGCAUUCUGCGGUCAAAGCUAGACUGGAUCCUUCUCUAACAUCCCCAGAUGCGCCUGUCAUGACAGAGAGCGACAUCGAUCGCGUGCUUGGAGGUGCUGAUGAGGAAGCCAAGAUCGUUUUGAGCGAGAUCAACGCACGGAAGCCCAUCCACACAAUGUACAACCCCACGGAGAACUUCGGUGUGGAGGCACACUUUGGUUUCAAAGCUGUCUUAGAGCGAGGUAGAUUGGGUUUGGUGACUAGCCAGACGGAGCCGUGAUAGACACAUCGCUUACUCGCUUACUCGACCACAAUGAUUGGAAUUCAUCUAUGUAAACAAUGCGUGUUACUAGCUGAUAGUAGAACUUGUACUAUACUAGAACU